AUGUUCUACAUCACAGUGUCGCUGAACCUUUUCGCAAUUUGUGCGAUUCUGUCCAGAAUUGGCUGGCUUUCGGAGCUGACCGCGACAAAUUUCAGCCCAGUGGAGCACUUCUCCGAGAUCCACCCACGAGUUCACGAUGCACGAGAUAAGGAACAUCUCUCACAUGCGGCGGGCUCCAGCGAUGCGGAAGAGCAUAUCUCUAGACUCAUGUCCGCCAUAAGCUCGAGCUCAUUCUCAAACACCAGACUUGCCAAUUUCAGAUCAAUACUGCCAGUCAUCCAAGCCCCUGAAAUGGCCAUCAAAUCUCGCAUUACCGUCCACAAGCUCACACCACCUAAAGGCUCCACCAUCGACUUCGGCGCCGAAUUGCAAGGCGCGGAUCUAGGCAACAUCUCCGAACUCGACUUCGACAUCAUCCGCCGCGCCCUCUACGAAAACCAAGUCCUCAUCUUCAAGAACCAACAAAAUCUCUCCCCCAAAGCCCAGUACGAGCUGACCCGCCUCUUCGACCCAUCCGUGACCUCCUACGGCCACGGCAAGACUCUGGAUGCCAAGAAAUCCAUUCUCCACCCCGAUCUGAAAACCAUCCCGCACCAGCCUCAGGUCCAGGUGAUAGGGAAUGGAGCCGUGGCGGAGUUUGAGGGACUGCGGGAUAUCGUCCUCCAACAUCCCCAUCACAAGACUUUCCACAAGGAUGUCAUCCCCGAGGCUGAAGAUAGAGAGAACACGCGCUUCUACCGCUGGCACAUCGACGCCGCGCUUUACGCCCUCCACCCUCCGCUCGUGACGUCCCUGAUGGCCGUCCGGGUUCCGAGGACCGAAUACCAGAAUCUGCGCUACGAUGAUGGAAGUGGGGAGGAAAUGAAAGUCUCACGCGGCAGCACGGCCUUCGUUUCCUCCUAUCGGAUGUACGACCUCCUAAGCGAAGAAGAUAAGAGCUUCGCCCGCACGACGAAAGUGCAAUAUGCGCCACACCCCUAUAUCUGGAUGUCGGCCGCCCGAUCCCGAAGUGAUGGGUUAGGACUAGUGAGUGAAGGGCUCGAACUCCCUCGCUCCGAGCUCCCGCCUAUAGAAGAGGAGGAAGUGAAGAUUCUACCCAUGUGCUGGCGAAAUCCCGUGACGGGAAACCUGGCGCUGCAGGUCCACCCUUCGGCGGUGGAGAAGUUGCAUCUGGCUGAUGGGACGGUGAUGGAGGAUUUGAAGGAGGUGAGGGGGAUAGUGUACAGGAUGCAACGACCGGGAAUCGCGCCGGGGUUGGUGUUGGCGGUGGAUUGGGAGGAAGGGGAUCUGGCGCUUUUCAAUAAUCGCGGGGUUCUGCAUAGUGUUACUGGCUCUUUCCGGCCGGAGGAGGUGAGGGUGUUCCGGCAGUGUAAUUUGGCUGGGAGUGGGGAUGUGCUUGGGCCGGUGUAG